AUGCCGGGGGCCGAGGAGGUGGGCACGGCGGCGGGGGCCAGCGCGGAGCCGUGGGGGAAGGCCGCUCUGGAUGCCGUCGUGUCCGGGAUCGGCGUGCUCCAGUGGGAGGAGGCGCUGCCCGCCUUCGGCUCGUGCGCGUUCGUGGGGCGGGAGGCGUCGCUGGUCGGCAAGGGCCUCGGCGCCGAGAUCGACCUGCACGACACGGUGAUCCGCAGCGACAGGCUCCCGAACGGGGCCCACCGCCGGGACUUUGGGGGCCGGACGGACGUCCUCCUCGCCGGCCCAGACGUGCUCCAGGGGUGCGCCGGUUACGGCCUCAGGUACCUGAUGUCGAGGCUCGGGCCUGCCCCGCCUUCUGACGCCCCCCCGGUCAUGGACGGGGCCUCCGACGCGCCCUUCAGCUGCGCGGCCAACGCCUCCUGCGGCUUCGGCGUCCUGGUCCUGCUCGCGGCCCCGGCGGGGCCCCCGGGCGCCCCCGGCGGCUGCCGCUGGCCUCGGCCGCAGGGCGUGCUGCGCCCCGCGGUGGCCCAGCUGGCCGCGGGCCUCCUGGGGCACGCCGCGCCGCCCUCCCCGCAGCUGCAGGCCCUCGCCGCCUUCGCGCCCGUCUGCCGCUCCCUGCGCGUCUACGGCCUCGGGGAGGGCUCCGCCGGCGAGGCCCCCGCGCACGACUUCGAGGCCGAGCGCCGCGCCGUGGACGGCCUGUGCGACCCCGCGGCGGGCGCCGCCCCGCGCGGCGCCGCGGGGCGGGGGCCCGGCGGCGAGGAGGAGCGCUGGCUGAGGGCGCGGCUGGCCGAGGCGGCGCGCCGGGGCGCCCUGGCCGUCGAGGAGGCGGGCGCGCCCUACCGGCGGGCGCGCCUGCGCGACGUGGUGUCCAACUACACCGGGGACGACGACACCCUGCCACUGCCGAUGAAGCGUUGCGCGCUGGUCGGGGGCUCGUCCAUUCUGCACGACAGGGGCCUCGGCCCCGAGAUCGACGCGCAUGACACCGUGAUCCGCGUGAACCGGCUGCCGACCCCAGCCUUCUUCGCGGACUGGGGCAGACGAACGGACAUCUAUUUCGCAGAGCCAGACUUCUUUAGGUAUUCAUUACAAACGAAGCAGAUGGGGCUUCGCUCCGCGACUCGAGGUUUC